AAUAAAUUGCGUUGACACUCUUGCGUUUGCAUAGUAGCUGUCGGGGUAGAAGGGGGUAAGGGGUAAGAAUUUGGGGUGAGAGAGGUUUAGAUGAGGGUAAUCAGUUUGGAGCUCAGCGCUGAAGGCUUCCUGGGGUCUGGGCACCACUGUCUGGAUUUGUGGAUGUUGUGGAUGUGUUAGGGGAGCUUUCUGAAGAAACUCCGUGGAGUUGGACUUCCUGGGCCAGAGCCAGCGACCUGCAGGCUGAGGGAGACGCGGGAGAGGCCGCAGAGACGUGAUUAAAAUGGGGUCCCCGGUGCCUCUCUCCGAAGGCUGGAGUUUCAGACGACAGCCAUGCCGGACGUGAAGACAGCGCCAUGUGACUAUCCCUCCUCCGCCGGCCCGCUUGCUGGCUGCAGCCUCGCCAUGGAUCUGGAGCCCUGCUUGACUGACCAUACCCUGCCUCUCCCCCUGGCUGCUCCCCUCCCCGCCUACCCUGGCCACAGUGCAGCGCCCUACUCCACCCUCCAGGGGGCAUCACCCAGUCCCAUGCCCAGGUGUAACAGCAGUGCCCUGCUCUCCAGCCUGGGCCUGCGCUACUGCUCCAGUAGCAGUGGCCCCCCACUUAGGCAAGCUGAUGGGCUGGGGCCACACACAGGACUCCCCCCAGCCAGCUGCAACAGCGUAGGCAGCAGACUAUACCGUAGCAUGGAGAACCUCAACUGGAAUGCCAUGUCCGAGCCCAGCCUGUUUUCACUCAGCACCCCCUACAGGAGCAUGGACAGCGAGUUUAUCUUCCGCUGCACCGCCACCAGCCACUGGUACGACGGGCCGCCCGAGGGGCCCCAGGUCUACGGUAUGAUGCCCACCCCAGAGAGCCUGGCCUUCUACCCCCGCCGGGGACCAGCCAGGCGAGACCAGCCCCUCUUCCCCCAGUGGCUGUUCCCGGGGGUGGACGACUGGGGAGGAAACGCCAGGAGGGGCCUGAGAGAGAAGCUACGCCUUCAAAGCGCGCGUGCGUCCGAGCCCCACAAGCCCCUGCGGCCCCAGGUGAUCCCGGGCGCUCCGCCUCUCCUGCCGGGCUCGUCGGAGAGGGAGGGGUCCCCCGGUCGGUUCCCGGGGGGGAGAUCUCUGUGCGCCCGGCGCAUCACCAGUCCCGAGGAGAUCAAACAGGAAGUUCUGAGGCGCCUUCAGCUCCGACGCCAGAGGAGCACGCCCAACCUGGCCGCGCUCGUCCCCCCGGAAAGCCAGGGCGGCGUGGCCAAGUCCUACACGGCAGAGUCCCUCUGCGGGAACGGGCCGGAGCCCUCGGCGGAGCGCAAGAGACCCCCCGUGGGCCGACUGCACAUCCCCACCUUUGAGGAGUUCAAGAGGAUGAGGCAGAAUGGGGGGAGCCGGCGGAGCGUGGGUACAGACCCGGCACCAGAAGCGGUUUCUGGGUCGGGGUCCACAGCCGGAGCCUGUGAGGCUUUGAUGACCGCUCCAUCCGGGGAGAGAGACUCUCGGAGGCAGGUUGGACUUGAUCGAGAGAUGGAGACAAAAGAGGAGGGGAGGGGGAGUGGAGAGAGGACAGAUGGAGGAGAGGGCAGAGGCAGUGACGGUAUGUUGACACUCAUCUCCCCUGAGCAACCUCCCUGUCAGCCAGCCAUCCGAGAACAGAAUAAAGAGUCCACAAAAUCCCCCAUAUGUACAGGCCCUGCACCCCGCACCCCCCUGCAGCCAGUGGUCAGAGCAGCCCCAGAGAUUGGUCUUGGGGCUUGGUCAGGCCCAGGGACGGGGCCUGUUGCAGGGUCUGAACAACAGCAGGGAGAGGAGGAGGCCAGCCCACCCAGUGUGAGCCUGGACCCAGCCGAGCAGGUCCCUUUCCCCCCCCGCAGGGAGAGCUCCGAGGGACCGUCCAGCUGCUGUCCCGCCCUGCUCCUGGAGGGGGCCCACCUCUCCAGCUAUGGGGCCAAGAUCUAUAAGAUGAAGGAUGGCUUCAUUGGGUCCGCCUUGGACCUCAUCAAGAAGAGCUGCAGUGCAGAGAUCUCAGCAGAGGCCCCCGUCAGGAUGUCAGGUGACCACGACGAUGGCGCUGACAUCACCGCUCCCCCCCCAGCCUGUCAAUCCUCCACUGUCUCCAUGGCAACGACGCCCUGCGGAGUGGCGGGUUGCGACGAGCCUGCAGAAGCAGAGGAACCAGCAGAAUGCCAGCACUCUGGGCUGAGCUGCAGGCGUUCCAGCUCCGACGCGGCCUAUGAGCCGGCUGAGACGGUGAGGGCCCAGCGCGAGUGCCGUCUGCGGCCCCACUACAGUGACCCCAUGCCGGCUGAUGCCGCCAAGCGCAAGCAGCUGGAGAUGAAGAUCGCGGCGGCAGCACGGUUCCACAGCCAGCGCAGGGACAGGGACCGAGACAGGGACCGGGACAGUGCCCCGGCUGCGUUGCGUGGUCGCUCGGAGCCCAGUGGUGAGGAGCGCGCCGGGGGCCUGAGGGUGCGGCGAGGCGGGCAGCAUCGCUGGAGCACCGUGAGCAGCCUGAGCGUGGACAGUGGCGUGGUGGGCCUGAGCGAUGAGCGCGAGGAGGACGAGGAGCCGCGCAGGGUGCGGCGCGGCGGCGGGGCGGAGGUGGAGCGCGUGGACAGCGGCAUCGGGCCGGGCCUGGCCCGGGGCUGGAAGAGGCCCUCGGCCUCCCUCAGGGUCUGGGAGGCCCAGAGGCCCUGCCCUGACUGUGGCCAGAGGGACAGGGAGGGCAUGUGCGAGCGCUGCUCCAAGCUGCGCACCGAGCGCAAGGAGGCCAUCCUGGAGUUCCUGAACACCGAGUCGAGCUACGGCGAGGACCUGCGCAUCAUCAAGGAGGAGUUCUACUGCCCCAUGCAGAGCGCCGCUCUGCUGAGCGCCGAGCAGCUGGCCGUGGUCUUCAGCAACGUCCAGGAGCUCAUCGACGUCAACGAGCGCUUCACGGAACACCUGCAGGACAGCAUCGACCAGGCCUUCGACCAGGGGGAUGAGGACCUGCUGACAGUGUGUAUUGGGGAGAUCUUCCUGGAGUUUGUCAACAUGCUGCCAGCCUUCCAGACCUACUGCCUGCAGCAGUCCACUUCAGUAAACAUGCUCAACACCUUGGAGAAGGAGAAGGAACUCCUCAGGAUCUUCCUGGACGUGUCCCAGAAUGACAACACGGCGCUGCGUCGUAUGAACCUGCGCUCCUUCCUCAUGGCGCCUCUCCAACGCGUCACCAAGUACCCGCUCCUCCUCAGCCGCAUCAGCAAGGCCACCACGGAGUGCCACCCGGACCACGGGCGCCUGCGCGAGGCCAAGAGCCGCGUCGAGUCCCACCUGGAGCACAUCAACAUGAAAACCCGGCAGGAGGGCACCGUCACCUGGUCCCUGCGCUCCUUCCGCCGCGACAGCCGCAAGAACCGCGAGGUCAUCAACAUCGAGAUGAGGGAGCUGUCUCUGAAGACCGUGGGCUGGGCCCGGGAGAGCACGCGCUUCGUCAUGGAGGGGCCCCUGCAGCUGUCCCAGCCCGCCGACGGCCAGUGGCUGAAGAAGGGCAGCAAGGCCCUCAAGUUCCAGAACGUGCAGAGCCUGCUGAUGGUGCGGACGCAGCGGGCGGGGGAGGGGGGGGCGCCGCCGGCGGCGGGGGUGCAGGCGCCUGGCUGUCAGGCGGACCCGGGCGCCCGGGGGGAAUGUGAGCUGCAGGAGCCCCCCGGGGAGAGCGUGUGGGACGGCGUGCUGGUCCUCAUCAAGGACAAGAGCAGCGGGAAGUUUGCGGUGCUGCGGGAGCCCAUCCGCCUGGCCAACUGCGUGGUGUCGGCCGACCCGGAGUGCGAGGACACCUUUGAGCUGCUGGACAUCCGGAGGGAGGCUUUCGUGUUCAGGGCGUCGGACAAGGCGCGCACACAGCAGUGGUUCCGCCAGAUCAAGAGGUAUUCCCGGGAUUUAGGGCCCUGGAGGAAGAGGCGCAACGCUCUGCCUAAUAUCAUGAUUAACACGAACCAGAGUCGCUCCUGAGACUCAUUCCCCCUGAGGAAGCCUCUCAUCUGCUCCUCCACGUGCUGGACCUGGGUACACAGGUGUACAUAAAUAGACAGUGCUACUGCUACUGAGAACUCUGUGGGAGAUUCCAGUAAUGAGUCUCUCAACACCAAGGCCCAGACAGUAAUGAAGAUGGCACUUUUUUUCUACAAGACUGCAAGUGCGUAAUACUGUUCAAGAAUGAUUCUUUUUUUCAUUUCAAACUGAAAGAAAACGACCAGACAUUAGCGACCAAAAGAGAGACUUGGUUGGAAGUACUGACACCCUUGAUUGUAAAGAUGUUUUGAGAGAAAAAAAUGUUUUUUCAUUCAUUUGACAGUGUCUGUGUUGAAAAAAUUGUGAAACAUGAUAGCAAAAAAAAAACAUGGUUACAAAGAUAAAAAGAUGGGAUAAAAGCUGUUGCUGAAGUGUGAGUGAGUAAGCUGCUGUUCUGUACAGUAAAACAAGAGCCUGGGCCAGUGUAGUAACAAAGUAAAAGGCUUUUGUUUUGGAUUUUGACCAAGGAUAGUAACUGCCCUCUGACCUACUUCUCUUUCUCUUUAAGUUGGUAGCAUGGUACACUGCCAAGAGUAGAACAGACAGAGAGUGCCUGCAGGUGAGCAGAUUACUGUAGAGGGUGAUUACUGUGUGUUGCUGUGCCGGGGUCAAGUUACAAUGCAGCAAUAAUCAAUCUGCCAUUUUCACAUUGAAUACCAAUCCUUGGUUCUGCACUUGCUAGUAUUGUCAUAUGCUGUCUUGGGGGGUGGGGGGGGGGGGGUCCCUUACACUAAUUAGCACACUUUCAGCAGGAACCCCUCUGUGAAGACAGUCCAAGAUACUGUAGCAUGGAAUAGUGUGAUAGACUAUGGCUACAGAGAAUGUCCACGAUGAAUGGAUUGCCUAUCUUCUCUGAGACCAUGAGACUGAUGUUAGCUUUUAAUUUCUUACAUAAACUCACAUCCUAUUGGUUGAUUUUGAGAAGGGAAACCACAAAAUGAUGUGCCUUUUGUUUGUGUUUUUACUCUGAAUGAAGUUGUAAUUCGUCACAGUGGCGUUGAUAACUGGGAAACGGCACCAGACCGCCCUCUGGCUGUGGGUAGCAGAAUGGCACAAUCUGCACACAAUAACAAGCGUUCCCCUGACUGAACUACGACCAAACAGCACCCCAAUUCUAAAAUCUAUUCAACUGCAAUCGGUGCAGCCCCCUUCAUGGAUUUAAAACCACAGUGCUGGUUCUAGAAUAGUCUUUUAUACACAUGGCACAUGUUUUGAAAUACACAUAAGAGAGGGGAAGUGUGCCCACAUCAGGGUGAAGGGUUGAGGACUAGACCUGUGUGCGGGUCCCUGGCCUGUGUAUUUUCUUGUGUGAAAGAUCUUUUUUCAGUUUGACGCACUUUAUAAUGAUAAAAGAAUACUGGAUCCAGACUACAAUGUCAGGACUUCUGAAACAGUUCUUGCAGUUAGUGAAAAGCUUUAUUGGGUUUUAUGGGUUAUGAUCUUUAUUUACAGACCUCAUUAGUAAAACAUAUUUGAUCUCUGUUGAACACAGUGGUCGAGGCAAUACAGUACUCAUCAACCAAAUCUUUAACCUUUGCAUGCUGUCUGAUUAUGUUAGUCAAACGUAGCACAGGUAAAUAAGGUAGCUAAUCACUGUGUUUUGGAGAGUAAAACGGUGUAUGGACUGCUGCCUAGGUUGUUACUGCUGUCUUUCCUAUGGCAUUAGCACUGUUAGUUCUUUCAGGUUCCACUGUUCCCUCUAAAUACCACAGUUCAUGGGGAGGCACAGGGUUCCUCUGACAAAACACCUUUCAAUUUUUUCCCUCUGUAUAAAAAAACAACUCAAAUGUCCUAUUUCCUUAUGUAAUAUAUUGUGAAUUAAAUUUAAAAGAUUAAAGAAACUUUUGUCUUAUCCUGGUUGCUAAUUAC